CGUUCCAGACCUCGAUCCAGGCCUCGUUUCAGACCUCGUUCCAGACUUCGUUCCAGACCUCGUUCCAGACCUCGUUUCAGACCUCGUUCCAGACCUCGUUCCAGACCUCGUUCCAGACCUCGUUCCAGACCUCGUUCCAGACCUCGUUCCAGACCUCGUUCCCAACACGAUGUCCAGUUGAGACUCAACCACAUCGCGUAGGAAUCCGAAGUAUAAUUCGGUAUAAGAGCAUAGCCUGUGCAUCUGACGUCACACUUCGGAGGCUCGUGAAUUGCGCUUUAGAUCAGCCGUUGAGCGACGCCCUUAAUCACGUUCGACCUCGCAUCAUUUCACAUUGACAAACCUGGAGAUUUGCAGUUAAAACCGACGUACACGUGUAUACAUAAUAGCCAACUUGUCAUUAUCCUUGCGUAGAAGGACACAGACUAGUCUAUAUAAGACUCGAAUCGGCUCACUCACUCUUGCCAACGCCCUUAAUAUUGGAUGCGAGUACUGGAUGUAACGAUGAGAAAACCCCACGAGACUGUAAACCUAUAAAGCUAAUCAGGUGGUUUAUAACCAGCAAGAUCUUCGGUGUUCAUCUUCAAUCACCGGAAUGACAUUAUGCUGAUGAGAUCAAUCUGAAACCCACGUUUAGAGGGGCUUCACCUUUCAGUGAUACUAUACGAGAGAGGAAGUACGAGAAAGAUAGCAAUCAGAGUGGAUUGAGGCGGCUUGUGGCGACGCAUCGGGUGUCAAGCAUUUCCAAAAGCUUGCACAUGUUGAGAUUUGCAUCCACGCUGCGCUUUUCGGUGAAAGUCAACAUAAAUUGUACGGAGUGCCGAGCGAUGGGCUCUGGGUCCAGCGCUGUGUCGUCCACUGCUAAACUUCGCCGACGGAGGGAAAUUUUAACUCAGAAGGAAUCCGCUCAGAAAAACCGGGAAAUCGAUAAAUGUCUGAUGGAAGAUAAAAAUAGGAUGCUGAAAACAGUCAAAUUGCUGCUUCUUGGUGCGGGGGAGUCCGGCAAAAGCACGUUCGCCAAGCAAAUCAGAUUGAUUCACCAUGCUGGAUUUAAUGACACCGAGCGUCUAGCCUACAAGCAAGUCAUCUACUCAAAUCUUAUCAACAGUCUGCGCAAUAUAAUCGACGCUAUGUCAACGUUGGGUAUCGAUUAUCAUGACAGUAAGCGACGUAAGGACGAGUCUUGCUUUCGAUGUCAAGCGGAAUUAUUUGACAUGGAUGCAGACUUGACGCUACCCAUGGCCCAUAACAUCAUGGAGCUAUGGAGAGAUCCAGGAGUGGCACAGUGCUAUAAUAGAUCUAACGAAUACCAGCUCCUCGAUUCGACAGCUUAUUAUAUCGAGAACGUGUAUCGUCUAGCGGAUCCAGACUACCUCCCUACCGACGAAGACAUCGUUAGGUCCCGUCUAAGAACCACGGGUAUCAUCGAGACAAGGUUCAACUUUAAAGGCUACAUCUUCAGGUUGUUAGACGUUGGCGGUCAGCGGAAUGAGCGGCAAAAGUGGAUUCAUUGUUUCGAUGACGUCACGGCCGUUCUCUUCACCGUAGCUAUCAGUUCCUACGACCAGGUCCUCCGCGAGGAUAACGCAACAUCUAGGAUGGAGGAGAGCCUGAUGCUCUUUGCAUCUAUCUGUAACUCCACCUGGUUCUCUAAGACGGCGAUGAUCCUCUUCCUCAACAAAUGCGACAUCUUCAAGGAGAAGAUCAAGAAAGUACCGCUAUCUUGUUUCUUCAGUGAAUACAAAGGACCCAAUGAUGCCAAACCCGCCCGAGAAUUCAUUUGUAGCGUAUUUAAGAGACCGAGCAAACUCAAAUCCAGGGAGAUCUAUCACCACUUCACGACCGCCAUUGACAAGUCUAAUGUUCAGUUUGUGUUUGACGCCGUCACAGACGUUAUUUUAAAGAGCUCGUUAAGGAAUGCUGGCAUGUUCUGAACUAGACUAGCCUAGUCAUCUACUCUUGGAGACUUUUGAAAGCAACUUUUGCAUUGGCACUCUACUGAAGACAUUUGGAGCAUACUGAGCUCAUUCAAUGCCAUGUAUGGGAAUGUUAGUUUUAUUUUAACUGCCUCAAAAGGCAUGUAGUACGCACGCGCACAAGCCACAAAUCCCUGGAGCUAACAACAUUGAAGCACGCUUGACGUAAGGAGUUCCCUCCUGCACAAGUAAGCGCCUUGACGUUAGAGUUCCCUGCUUACGUAAGCGCCUUGACGUAAGGAGUUCCCUGCUUACGUUAGCGCCUUGACGGAAGGAGUUCCCUGCUUACGUAUGCGCCUUGACAGAAGGAGUUCCCUGCUUACGUAUGCGCCUUGUCGUAAGGAGUUCCCUGCUUACGUAAGCGCCUUGACGUAAGGAGUUCCCUGCUUACGUAAGCGCCUUGACGUAAGGAGUUCCCUGCUUACGUAAGCGCCUUGAUGUAAGGAGUUAAUGCUUACGUAAGCGUAAGAGCCAUGAAAUUGGUCCAAGGUCUGUGUAAAGGAAUUAUUUAAUCAUUUUAUAACAUGAAGUUCUUAAUAUUAA